CGUCUGAGGUAAAAAUAAAUAAAUUAUUCCACGGCAAACGCACGUUGUUAUCUUCAUUGUGCAUUAUAAAACAUGCACUCCAUUACCAUUUUGAUUUUAUAUUUCGCUCUGCAGAUUUAUUAUGCAUAAACCUACAGAGCACAACACUUUCCUGCAGACUUGCUCCCAGUGCGUAAAUAUAGGCAAUGAAGGUUUGUCACUUGGGAAAAAAGAAAUGUCACUUUUAAUAUAUUGACGGCGAGGCUCGCCCCCGUGAACGUACACGCGCACAGCCCCUGGCUACCUUAAAAUUAAGCUUCCCUUAAAGGGGAAAUGAGUAGAGUCCAAUUUAGUCUGAGUGAUAUCCAAAUGCAGACAGAAAGGGUCGUUUUAUCAUGCUACUAUUUGUCGUGACGAUGCGAUUUUUAAAAGCAGAGCGAUGUCAUGAAGUGACAUGCCUGCCACAAGUGCUCCGACUGAUCUUUUCAAUUAGCCUUCCAUGCAUGAUCCAGGGCGACUUCCGCCUAUUUCCAGAAAUUAAGCUCAAACUUGACGUGCAGCUAGCUUUAUUUUAAAGACAAAUGUCAGGCAGGCUCAUCAUAUUUUCCCCCUCUUCUAUAUUUGGAGCUUAUUUAUUGCAAAGGAGCGUGUGCUCUUGGACUCAAUUUAACUGGAGGCUUCAGAGGGAGGGGAGCUUAGAAGUAAAGCAAACCCACGACAGGAAGGAAGCCUGCUUUUCGGUUUUGAUUUCAGGUCACAGUGGAGUGAACCAGCUUGGAGGUGUAUUCGUCAACGGCAGACCGCUGCCCGACUCCACGAGACAGAAAAUAGUUGAACUCGCUCACAGCGGCGCGCGGCCGUGCGACAUAUCCCGGAUUCUGCAGACCCAUGCUGAUGCAAAAGUCCAAGUGCUGGACAAUGAAAACGUGUCCAACGGCUGUGUGAGUAAAAUCUUGGGUAGAUACUAUGAAACAGGCUCCAUCAGACCCAGAGCCAUCGGUGGAAGUAAACCAAGAGUAGCGACUCCGGAGGUGGUCACCAAAAUUGCCCACUACAAGAGGGAGUGUCCGUCAAUCUUCGCGUGGGAAAUCCGAGACAGACUGCUAUCAGAGGGGGUCUGCACCAACGACAAUAUACCCAGUGUGUCAUCGAUAAACAGAGUACUACGCAACCUGGCUAGCGAAAAGCAACAGAUGGGCGCAGAUGGCAUGUAUGAAAAGCUGAGGAUGCUGAACGGUCAGACCGGCACGUGGGGGACCCGGCCGGGCUGGUACCCCGGAACUUCGGUGCCAGGACAGCCCAAUCAAGAUGGCUGUCAGCAGUCAGACGGAGGCGGCGAAAACACGAACUCAAUAAGCUCGAACGGGGAGGACUCAGAUGAGACCCAAAUGAGGCUUCAGCUGAAACGGAAACUGCAAAGGAACCGCACAUCUUUCACACAAGAACAAAUAGAAGCACUUGAAAAAGAAUUCGAAAGAACGCACUAUCCCGACGUUUUUGCGCGAGAGAGACUCGCCGCCAAAAUAGAUUUACCUGAAGCAAGAAUACAGGUGUGGUUCUCCAAUAGAAGAGCAAAGUGGAGGAGGGAGGAAAAAUUAAGAAAUCAAAGACGACAAGCUAGUAACUCUUCCAGUCACAUACCCAUCAGUAGCAGCUUUAGCACUAGCGUUUAUCAGCCAAUCCCCCAGCCCACAACGCCAGUAUCAUUCACAUCAGGCUCCAUGUUAGGAAGACCAGACACGGCACUCACAAACACAUACAGCGCCCUGCCACCAAUGCCGAGCUUUACCAUGGCCAACAAUCUUCCUAUGCAACCCAGCCAGGCCCCAUCCUAUUCCUGCAUGUUGCCCACUAGUCCUUCGGUGAAUGGGCGGAGUUAUGACACAUACACACCGCCACACAUGCAAGCACAUAUGAACAGCCAAUCAAUGGCCACCUCAGGCACAACCUCGACGGGGCUAAUCUCGCCAGGAGUGUCCGUACCAGUCCAAGUGCCAGGCAGCGAACCAGACAUGUCUCAAUACUGGCCCAGACUACAGUGAGAACAAGACACUAAAACAAAAAAGGAAACAGUGGGGAGGAAUACAGAGAGCAGUUUCUUCACCUCCCGUUGUCUCUCGGCUGAAGGGCUGUUCAGCAGUAUUUUACUACAGAAGGAAACGA